AGAGCGCGGGGCGAGGCGGUGCCGUGUGCAGAGCCCGCCCCUCGCUGCGAUUGGCCGGCUGUGCCGUCAGUCGUGGUUGUGGCGCGCUGAUUGGUGAGAGCGGGGCGAAGCACGGCCCCGCUGGCGGCCUGAGGGCGGCCCUGGCUGGGCAGCGGCGCCAUUGGCGGAGCGUCUGUGCGGGCCCGGGAGCGGCGGCAGCGGCCGGAGGCCGGGGAGGCGGCAUUGGCGGAGCUGGGAGGCGGCCCCGGCGCAGGAUUUGUCAUUGCCAGGGUGUGGCUGGAUGGAGGAGGAGGAAAAGCCCCAGAGAUCCUGCAGGAGGAGGGGCUGCAAACCCAGCCCAGGGAGCUUCGGGGAGGAAAGAGCUCCCCUGAGGCAGGAAGGCGGCUGGAGAUCCAGCCGGAGCUCGGAGCUGGUGGAGGAGCCUCGUGGCAGGGAGAAGCCGCACAAGUGCUUGGAAUGUGGGCAGGGUUUCACCUGCAGCUCCAAGCUGAUCCAGCACCAGAGGAUCCACACUGGGGAACGGCCCUACGAGUGUGGGGAGUGUGGGAAGAGCUUCAGCCGGAGCUCCACCCUGAUCGAGCACCAGAGGAUCCACACUGGGGAACGGCCCUACACCUGCUUGGAAUGUGGAAGGGGAUUCACCCAGAGCUCCAACCUGAUCCGGCACCAGAGGAUCCACACUGGGGAAUGGCCCUAUGAGUGCUUGGAUUGUGGGAAGGGUUUCAGCCAUCUCUCCACCCUGAUCCAGCACCAGAGGAUCCACACUGGGGAACGGCCCUACGAGUGUCCUGAAUGUGGGAAGAGCUUCAGCGACCGCUCCAGCCUGAUGCGACACCAGAGGAUCCACACUGGGGAAAAGCCCUUUGAGUGUGGGGAGUGUGGGAAGAGCUUCAGCCGGAGGGGCCAACUGAUGCAGCACCAGGUAAUCCACACCAGAGACUGGCCUUAUGAGUGUGGAGAAUGUGGGGUGAGCUUUAGCCAGAAGGGCCACCUGAUGCAACACCAGAGGAUCCACACUGGGGAAAAGCCCUAUGAGUGUAGGGAAUGUGGGAAGAGCUUCAGAUACAGCUCUGGCCUGAGGAAACACGAGAGGAUCCACACUGGGGAACGGCCCUAUGAGUGUGGGGAGUGUGGGAAGAGCUUCAGCCAGAACUCCCAGCUUAUGGAACACCAAAAGAUCCACACUGGGGAAAGGCCCUACAAGUGUGGGGAAUGUGGGAAGAGUUUCAGAGGAAGCUCGGCCCUGAUCCAGCACCGGGUGAUCCACACUGGGGAAUGGCCCUACACCUGUUUGGAAUGUGGGAAGGGUUUUGGGCGGAGCUCCAAACUGAAAACACACCAGCGCAUCCACACCGGGGAGAGGCCCUACGAGUGUCCUGAGUGUGGGAAAAGGUUUCGGACCAGCUCCACUCUCCUCAAACAUGAGCGGAUUCACACAGAUGAGAGGCCCUUCCACUGCCCCGACUGUGGGAAGGGCUUCAACCGCAACUCCAACCUCACUGUGCACCGGCGCAUCCACACUGGGGAGAGGCCCUAUGAGUGUGGGGAAUGUGGGAAGAGCUUCUCCACGAACGCAGUCUUGACCAAACACCAACGGAGGCGCCACUAAGGGAAGCCCUCUGAGUGCCCUGAGUGUGGGAAGAGCUCCGUGUGGUGCUCCAGCUCCAUCCUCCAUGAGAGGAUCCACUCUGGAUGUUCCUUAGUGACCCCCAUUGGGCAGAGCCCUGGUGAUCUGUUGUCUUGGUGAUCCAUGUUGGGAAGACACCUGGAUGGAGUGCUCCACAGCUUCCUGGCUCCUUGUGGGCACCUGGAUGAACUCAGGGGCAGGAGCAUCCAUCGGGACACAGACCAAAAAUGGGAAUUCCUUGGGGAGAGUGGAUUUGUUGACUUUCAACCCCGGAACAUCUUGUGCAUUCAGUCCUAUCUUCUGGUGGCAUCAAGGAAUACUGAAUGUACUUGGAGGUCUUUUCCAAUUUCAGGGAUUCCAUGAUUUUGAUUUCCUAUUGCCCAAGGGUAUCUUCUGCAGCCAAAUGGUGAAAAACUUUGGAAAAAACCAAGAUUUUGGAGACAGUGGGGUGGGAAUUCCACCAGAAAAGGUUCUUCCCUUCUAUCCAAGCACGUGGAUCCUCAGCUGGCACGGACAUGGAAAUCCUUUUCUUUUGGCCUUGAUUUGUUUUUCAUUUCUCUUCAUCCCUUCAAAAUAUCCAAUGCUGGGGUAAAAAUAGACAUUGAACUAAGACAUGGGUGUGGUCAUGGUAGGACACAACAUGGUGGGACACAGACAUGGAGAGUGAUAUGGGCAUGCAUGGACAUGGAGGGGGACAGGGCCAUUCAUGGAGACAUGGGGGGGACACAGGCAUGGAUGGAGAUGUGUGGGACAAUGACCAGGAUGGAAAUAUGGUGGGGAGACAGCCAUGGGUGAGGAGAUGGUGGGGCAUGGUCAGUGACAUGUGGGGCCAGUGCCAUGGGGGGAACUGGCAGGCGAUGUGGGGGAUGCUGGGUUUGACGGAGUUGAGGGUUCCUGGGAGGGACUUGGGCCUUGCUGAGGCCUUUGGGGAGCCGAGGCCAAGUGGCUCUGGCUGCGCUGGAGACCCUGGCGGAGGUUCUGGGGCAACUGCUCAAGGACCCCUGACCUGGAGCCCCAGCUGGACAUUGGGCUCCUGGAAGGGGAUGAAUGUCCUUGUCCCCAGGAGGGAACUCCCAGCAUCCCCAGGGUGACAGGCAGCUGAGGGGCCACAGCAGGGUGGGGAAAGCCAGACAGAGCUGUCACACUCCUGAGCUACACCCCAAAUUCCCAAAACUGAGGGAUUCCUCCCAGGAAAAAGCUGCCAGGAGCUGCCUGAAUUGAGAGAAAGGGGGGAUGUGACCCCCAGACUGAGCAGGAGGGGCUUGGAUCCCCCAAAUCCAAGCCCAGAUGUGAGAGGUGGAGGUGGAGGGACAAUGGGGAAGGGGUGGAAGAGCAGGGGAAAAGAGGAUUCUGAGUGGGAGCGGUAUGGGACCCCAGGUUGAGUUUGGAGAGAUCUUUCUGUUGGGGGAAGGAUGGGAGUGGGGAGGGAAAGGUAGGGAUGGGACAGAAAAAGGGUGGUUCCAUGGGGAUCCCUUAGUGUCCCCAUCACUUGAUCCCUGGAGUGAUUCCCUAUGGCUCUGAUGAUUUAUUAAAGAAAUAUGGAUAUUGAUCUAGCACCGAUAUCCAAUUGUGACGGAGAAAAACUCUCUAACAGUUUAAAGUUAGAAAAUGUAUGUUUAUUGCGACGCCGGGCAGCGUGUGGGAUAGCUCCCAAAUACACACUGCACCUUUCAAAUGAUUACAGAGUCCUUUUAUCCACACAAGAAUCGAAUACCCAAAAUACAAAUACAUAUUCAUAAUUUA